CCCACACGCGACAGUCGCGCUUCCGCCGCCGCCUCUCGAGACAUUUGCACCGUCAACAUACGCCGGCCACUUGGCGGAACCAGGUCGCAGUUAGUAACACCGUCGUCGUUGCUUUUGAUGACGGCCACUGGUGCACCCAUUCGCACCGCCGCCGCAGUCGACAAAACCACCGCCGCCGCCGCCGUAACCACUGCAGCCGGCGGUUGACGACAACCGGCGGGUCAGCGUAAACCGCGGGCGGUAUGUCCACGGUGCUGCAACAACCGCCGUCCGGAGGAGCACCACAAUCGUCGCUGCUGCCGCACCUGCAUCCGCACGGCCACCACGGCCAUCACUUGCACCAUAGGCCGGCCGCCGAACUACAGGCUGCAGCCCACAACCCGGAUGUCCUGCUCGCCCUGCUAGCCCGGAACAAAGCUCUGGAAGCUAGUAUACCAAAGUGUGGCGGUUGUCAAGAAUUAAUACUAGACAGAUUUAUAUUAAAAGUAUUGGAACGCACUUGGCACGCUCGUUGUUUAAAGUGUAACGAGUGUGGAGCCACAUUAGCCGACAAGUGUUUUGCAAGAAACGGAAUGCUGUUCUGUAAAGACGACUUCUUUAAAAGGUACGGGACAAAAUGCGCCGGUUGCGAUUUGGGAAUCCCGCCCACACAAAUAGUUCGGAGGGCUCAAGAUCUCGUCUACCACUUACAAUGUUUUGCAUGUGUCAUGUGUGGCCGUACAUUGAAUACCGGCGAUGAAUUUUAUCUAAUGGAAGAUCGGAAAUUAGUGUGUAAACCUGAUUACGAAGCCGCAAAAACGAAAGAGGGCGGAUGCCUGGAUGGUGAUCAACCAAAUAAACGUCCAAGAACGACUAUUACGGCAAAACAGUUGGAAACAUUAAAAAUGGCGUACAACAACAGUCCAAAACCAGCUAGACAUGUUAGAGAGCAGCUAAGUCAAGACACUGGAUUAGACAUGAGGGUAGUCCAAGUUUGGUUUCAAAACAGACGUGCAAAAGAAAAAAGGCUUAAAAAAGACGCUGGCAGAUCACGUUGGAGCCAAUAUUUCAGAACAAUGAAAGGUUCAAUUUCGCCUCGAAACGACAAAGACGACCUUAAAGUUGAUCUUGAUUCGAACUUUAGUCAUUCGCACGAUUUAGAAAGCAAUGACAGUUAUGGUACAAGCACGUUAACUAUAGAUCAAGAACACAGCUCUCCUUUACCCGGGAGUCAUCACCAUAAGUUUUUACCCGGCAACUCUUCACCAUCGUCACAUCAAUACAUGUCAUCACCCACUCAACACGUCACAACAUUUACAGCAGACAAUGGUUACAUCACAGUAGGUCCUACACAUUCUGCGCCUUCAGAACUAAGCGACAACAGUAGCACACAUGGUUUUGCAGAUUUCCCACCAAGUCCAGAUUCAUGGCUGGGAGAAACACCGCACAGAUAUUGAAAAUAUAUUAUCAUUAAUUAAAAUAAUGUAUUACGAAGUACAAAUCAAAAAUGUUCUUUUAACCUACCAAGGGAUAUAACAAACAUACUGACUGGGUGAGAACAUUAUAAUUUUUAUAUUUGUUAUUAACUAUUUGUGAUGUUUCUAUUCAUUUACCUAUUACAUAAUAGUUUCAUUUUAUUGAUGUAUUUUAACUUUGAUACCUAUACCUAUUUUUAAUUAUUUUGUUUCAGGAGAACCAAGUUUUUAAAAUGUUUAAUAAUUAUUUUAUUUCCUGUGUUUGUGUGACAUGUGUAUCAUUAAUAGUUCGCGCAACAGUUUUUAUGGUAUUUCAUUAGGUUUACGCCAAGAAUCGUGUUUAGAUGUAGAUAUUUUUUCUUUUUGAUCUCGAAUUUAUAUUCAUUUAAAUGUUAUCUUUAAAUAAAUCAAAAUAAUUGUAUACAGGCUAUGGAAUUUUGUUGUUUCAACUUAAAAAUACAUUGUCAUAUAUAAAAUUAUACAUGUGUACAUAUAAUAAGGCUACAUUGUAUCAUUGUAUAUUAAGUAUUACCCUUUG